AUGUCGCGUAUAAACGGCCCACCAGAGGCAGAAGUCAUCGUCAACUACGCAGACGGCUUCGCCUACUCCAAAAACAAGCUAGAAGACGCCUUCCGACCCGGUGGGUUCUUGGAAAACCCGCCUGCAAAAACACCCCGAGAUCCUGGACUGGCAUCACUCUCGAAAGCUGAUGUCGAGGUUAUCGUUCAUGAAUUCGAUAUCCCGAAAGCACAGGCGGAACGUGUAUUGCUAGAAAAUGGCGGAGACCUCAAGAAAGCUCUCGACUCGCUCAUCUACCCUGCUGCAUAA